AUGCCACCCAUCCGCAGGUACUUACGAAUCACGAAAUACUCGGUGCUCGAAUGCCGCAUUUACCUCGACAACCCUGCACUGGCGCAGAGCUGGCUGCUUAAUCCCCGCGAUCCCGUACUUCCCCGCAUCAUUGAAUGCAUCCGACCUCUCGUGCUUCCCAAGCUGAGGGAGGAGAGGGAGCGCGUUAUGAAGAGAGGCACCAAGAAGAAGGCUGUCAAGGAUAUUAUCACUGCAGAGGAUUUCGAGGUGGCCAUGUUCUUGACCGAAACCGCUACGAGGCAUUCCAUCUUGACGAAACAUAAACACUUUAGGGACAAAGUUCCGAAGAGGCUUCAGUCAAAUUCCAGCAAACUCAUGGGUGAGACCCGGGAGGAGCCCAUCGAUGUCGACAAUGCCCCAGAGAGCCCCGCACUUCUACGGGAAGAGGAUGACGAAGUCCACCUCGAAAACGUACCAUCUAUUCGAGAAAAGGAGUCUGGCGGUGCGCUUCGGAGGAAAAGACAUCGAGACGGGAAGGAAGAGUCCGGCUCCGACUUCGAGCCUUCCGAAGCCGAGGCCGGAGAUGACGUCGAAGUACAGGAGAUAGUAGACUCGGACUCGGAGUCCGCGCCCCCCACGAAGCGCGUCAGGCAAAACACACUGCUCGGCGAUGAUGAAGAGCCGGACGACAAGAAAAAGAUGGCCAUGGACAUCUCGUACGAAGGUUUCGCAAUCUACGGCAUGGUGCUCUGCCUUGUUGUCAAGAAGCGGGAUACCAGCGCGGGAAUCGGCAGGACCGCGCGCACUGGCCCCGCGACCUCGAGCAGCACCCACCCCACAGGUCAAGCCAUGAUGGAGAACUGGAUCAGCUCAACGCAGGUGCCGUUAGGGAUGGAAGACGAACCAGAGACGGGUCGUUAA